UAAGCAGGACCACCUCUUCCGUCUCCAAACUUCCAAUGAGCUCAAAUCCAUCGACUCCUUCCGUCCUAUUUAUUCGUCUAUCUACCUCAACAUGAGACCUCAGCAGUACAGACAGAGCUCUAGCCAGGAUAAAGGAAAAGGAAGGGAAAUCGAUCAUACCGAUGUUCUUGCUCAGCUCAACAAGUUGAUGGGGUCCCUCCUCAUACCUAUAUCCAUUCCCGAACUUUCUGUCGCAACCCCAUCUCUUCUAUUGGCGGUCCUUGAAAGUAUUCUCGAGCGGCGUUUUUUGGCGUUGAAUGAUGCAACCCGCACAUCCAAGUCGCCUCAUUCCCGUUCAAAAUGCCUAAAAGUCAUGAUCAAGGUGCUCGGUCAAAUUUUGCAGGCCGAUGUCGAUCGCUGGUCUCCUGAUUCUAUCGAUCUUCCUGGGCUCGUUCGGGGAGACAUGAAUGAAAUGGUCAAACUAAUUGAUGGGCUCCUGAAAUUAUCUAGAAAAUAUAACGAUUCAGUCCGAGGGACCAUCCCUCAGGGCAUGUCGCGCCAGCAGCUCAACGAGAAGAGAAAGUCUAAAGAGUCUGCAUUCGAAAAUCAACAACACAGGUCAGAGCGUGCCCCCACCACAAGAAAUGCCCGUCCAAGUCAAAUUUCCUCUCUUCACUCCAACUGGUCCUCCCUUUCUGUCGAACCCAGCCAAAUUCCUUUUGAUGGACUAUUUUCCCCGGUUGGCCCUCCCCUGGAUCAAUCUUCUCUGAAGCUUCCCUCUAGUGCCUCCUCAACUACCUCGUCUAAUGGCCCUCUCAGUCGCUCGCUCAAUUCCCACCGAAACAACGAGGAUCCGCUUUCAGGGCAAAUAUCCAACCCACCCACGUUACGAAAUCUUCUCGGUCCUCUACAUGCUCAAAUGAUCAGUUCCAAACGACCUCACACUCCUCGGACUGCUCAUAGGGUAAUGGUCAACAAACUCCGUAAUGAAGGCGCACAGGAAGAUACACGAGAUCAAAACCCAAACCAUGACACUGAUGGUUCGAUGCCAGCCAAAGCCGAGGCCGAAGGCAACGACGAUAGCUCGGCUGAUGAGUCGCCGCAUCAGUAUAACAAAGGAUUAAGCCUGAUGACACUUGACGGGAUUGAGCCCGAUGAUCCAUUUGUCUCAAUGGAAACUCGCCGAGCCCUAGAAAGCCAAACAUUACAAAAUCAGACCAACAUCAGUUUCGAUCUCACUCAACUAGCAGUGGCUGGUAGCGAAAGCUUCAACAAGUCUUCCCAGUCAAUCCACAAGACUCAACGCCGAUCUUAUGCACCUGAUUGGAAAGAAGGAUCUGAAUUGCUGAAUAACACCUGGUCGACGUCUUCCUCUUCUGCGAUCAGCAACCACUCGCAGAAUUCUUAUCAACUUGCAAGCAAUCCCGACGGAUCUUGGUGCCAAUCCUCCCAGGGGGAUCACCACGACUACCAUCAAGAUUAUCAAAGCUUUACGCAAUCCACCAGGUCGUCACCGAGAGCAGGAGAGAAAGCUAAGGAAAAUCUCUUUAGCUUUGGUGGAUCUGUUGAAUCAAGUAUCGGAGCCGACCACAUGAUCGAUCGGACAGAUUGCGGGUUUGGGAGACCUACGGGAUCGAUAAAGAUGGGGUCGAGGGACCAUUCUCUUCAAAUCCCUUAUCCCACAUCCAUCCCGCUCCCAGCAUCACCGACUCAGAGUAAUUUUAGCUCAUCUGAUCACUGCAAGAUCAUGUUAGCAUCGCAAGGAGCAAAAUUAGCUUUGGUAGUCUCAGACGUGAUGGCUUAUGAACAGCAGAAACACGAGGAAUUAAAUAUCGAGGGAUGGGAUUGGAUGGAUCUUAGUAAGCUGGCUCAAGAAUCCGAGAAACUUGAGCAGUUAGGAUCAGGUUCUACCGCUGCCAUCGAUGAUCACCAAGCCAACAUGCCUACCAACCUACACGCAAGAAAGUUGGAAUUGCUGAAACUCCUGGCCCAGGCCUAUAAUCACAACCAAAGCUACGAUCGGACCCGCCAUGCAUCGGACGAAGGGACGAUAACUAGAGAGGAGAAAGCGAUGACUCGGUCAGCAAAUGAACAGACAGAGAAACUCAGAAUUCGAGUGAGCAGACAACCGAUGGUGGCCGAUAUGACUCAACAUCUUGAUCGACCCGCCAAUCAGUUGAUCGUCCUCAACAAAUCCUACCACGUUCGUUCCUCGGACCUUUCCGGUCCAGCGCAUCACUCUAGGAGCCGUGAUUUCUGCUUGGGCUAUAAUGAGAUCGAUCCUGAUGAUCAACAAUGCUUUGAUGAUGGUAGAGAUGCCCUUCUUGAUGACGUUAUUUGAACAACCGAAUUUAUUCGACAUGAUGUACCGGUACCCGUUUCUCUUCAUAUUUAUCCUGUCCAGUUUGCUUUCUCUCGAACUGUGUACAUCUUGUGACAUACAUAACCCUAUGAACAUGCAUGUGUACUUGUGCUCCCCUUGGAAGCUGAAAAACAAAAACUUGAUGAUUGAAUUGUGGAAUCGUCCAGAGCCGUGGAAUGAACGACAG